AUGGCGGAUUUGGUUCUGAGGUGCCAGUAUAAAGGAGGAAAACGAAGCGUGGUAAAAGGACUCAAGGGRAACUCAACACUUGAAGAAUUACAAGAGAAAAUUUGGCUUUUGACAGAUGUACCACCCCAUGCUCAAAGAAUUUUAUCAGGAUUCCCUCCUCGAGAAAUUAAUUGUCAAGUCAAAUCGGCAGAGUUGUCAUCCCUCGGCGUCAGGUCUGGGGACACAUUGAUUGUAGAAGUGAAUAAAAUGGCACCAAAAGUUCUUAGUCACACAAUUCUAACACAAGAGUACAGUGACACCCCUUUGUCACGAAAAAUAGUUCCUGCUGAUAACUCGUGCCUGUUUGCAAGUAUGAGUUACGUAAUGACAGGAGAUGUAUCCAUGGCAACAGAUCUAAGACACUUGAUUGCCAAGUGUGUUUCAAGUGACCCAGAGAUGUAUAAUUCAGCAUUUCUUGGCAAAGACAACAGUGAAUAUUGUAGCUGGAUACAAAAUUGUGACAACUGGGGAGGUGCCAUUGAGCUUUCAAUAUUAUGUAAAUAUUAUGAGGUAGAAAUAGCUGUUGUYGACACAGAAACAGAGAGAAUAGAUCGAUUUGGUGAAGAUGGGAAAUACAAAAAUCGAGUAUUUUUAAUCUAUGAUGGGAUUCACUAUGACCCCCUGGGGGUGCACAAUGGUACUGACCCCCUCCCCCUACAGACAGUUUUCCCUUGUUCAGAUGAAACACGGUUAAUACAAGCACUCAAAGUAGCUGCAGAUGCUAAAAAGAAUCGUAAAUUCACGAAUGUGUCCAAGUUCACUCUACGAUGUCUAGCCUGUAAUACCAGUUUGACAGGUCAAGCUGAGGCUCAACAACAUGCAAUGACGACAGGGCAUCAAAAUUUUGGAGAAGUUUAGCAAAAAAGAAGAGAAGAGAAGUGUAAAAUUUAAAUUCAGGUAUCUUCAAUUUUUUAUCGGGCUUUUCAAUUUCGCGCGCUUUCCUGGAAAAUKUUGACGCGCGCGCGUUUGUUUUUACGUGCUAUAUAUUUUCGCGCGCUUUUCUGGAAAGAUUCAGACGCGAGCGCGUCUCUGUAAGUAUGUGAGGAUUUGUUGGAUUAUAAUAAGGGUUUUUGGCGUUCAUUGAAAAAAUCAUGGAUAUUUUACUUUCAAUGGAAAAUUUAAAAUGGUACAAAGUUGUCGUUUAAUAGUAUAGACUAAAAGGUAAAUGUAAAUUCAAAGACUUAAUUUUCCGAUGUUUCGCAAUGUCACUGAAUUUUAGUAAUAAAAGUGAAAAAUGAA